CUCCUUUUAGUCUUUUAUUUUGAAAGUUUGUGGGUUACUUUAUUCUGUUAACUUCAGAGUGACACUGACACCACAGGUCACGUCGGUCUCCAUGACGACGCGGUCCAAAGGUCACCUGUUCAGACUAAAGCAGGAACAGGUGAGCCUGGUCACAUGGCGGCCUCUCCGACAACAUCUGGAGCCUGAUAGGCUGGAGCCGAGCAGUGAUGUCAUCUGAUAGGCAGUAACCUAGCAACCAGGUGUGACACAGAGGAGGGGGGGGAGUACUGACGACGGACAGACAGACGAGAGGAGGAGAGAAGAAGAACACAAGACAAAGAAGACAAGAAAAGAGGAGUAAGAAGAUUUAAGGAGUAAGAAAAGGAGUAAAAGGAGGAUCGGGGGCUGGAAGGAGGUCUUAAGGAGGAGUAAGAGGAGUAAGAGGAAGAGAGGAGUAGAGAAGUAGAGGAGUAAGAGGAGGAGUUAAAGGAGGAGUAAGAGGAGUAAAAGAGGAGUAGAGGUGUACGAGAGGAGUAAGAGGAGGAGUUAAAGGAUAAUUAAGAGAGGAGUAGAGGAGAUGGAGCGCAGUGUGAUCAGACUGACUCACUGUCAGAAGGAGAUCUUCUGUUUCUCUGUACCAGAGGAGUGUCCGAGCUGUGGGGAGGAGCUGAGGGGGAGCAGACUGCAGGAGGCGCCGGUCAGCCUCCCCUCCCCCCUCACCAACGGACACAAGACCUCCUGCUGCCUCCUGGUUGCUCCUGCACACGACAACCUCCACAGAGACUUUGAUGGGAUGUCAGAUCUGCACACUGGAAUCUCAAACACUACAGGAGUUGUGUAUAACUACACUCGUGGUGGCGUCCGCAGAGAUCAGAGCGGGUGGGAGCGCUGCAUCAACGUCCCUCUUGUCCGACCCGACAUGUUCCACCUGCUGGCUCAGUGGGACCAGUACCUGGAGCGCUUCUCUGACGGUCCCAUGUGGGACCCCGCCUGGCACAGGUUCCAUGAGGACGACCACAACUGCUUCAGUUUCUGUCUUCAGUUCAUUAACGGCGUCCUGGCAGCGGAGGGGCGGAGCUCUCUGAGCAGAGACGCCUUCACUCACAGCUUCAUCCUGCCGAGGAUGAGGAGGGUCUCCAAAUACACAACACUGUACCAGCACCUCCAGAGACACCAGUACUACAUGGUGGACAGACAGGAGGACAGACAGGAGGACAGACAGGUUAAACCAGAGCCCUGAAACUGAUCCUUCAGACUAACGUAUGUGUCCUCCUGAGUGCAUCAAAUUAUAUGUUCGAAUAUGCUAUAGGUUAUAGGUUCAUUUAAUUUUAAUGUAUGUCUAAUGUAUGUCUAAUAUAUGUCUAAUGUAUGUCUAAUGUAUGUUUAAUGUAUGUCUAAUGUAUGUCUAAUUUAUGUCUAAUGUAUGUCUAAUAUAUGUCUAAUGUAUGUCUAAUGUAUGUUUAAUGUAUGUUUAAUAUAUGUCUAAUUUAUGUCUAAUGUAUGUCUAAUGUAUGUUGAAUAUAUGUCUAAUGUAUGUUUAAUAUAUGUCUAAUGUAUGUCUAAUGUAUGUUUAAUAUAUGUCUAAUGUAUGUCUAAUGUAUGUUUAAUAUAUGUCUAAUUUAUGUCUAAUGUAUGUCUAAUGUAUGUUUAAUGUAUGUCUAAUAUAUGUCUAAUGUAUGUCUAAUGUAUGUUUAAUAUAUGUCUAAUGUAUGUCUAAUGUAUGUUUAAUAUAUGUCUAAUGUAUGUUUAAUAUAUGUCUAAUGUAUGUCUAAUGUAUGUUUAAUAUAUGUCUAAUGUAUGUCUAAUGUAUGUUUAAUAUAUGUCUAAUUUAUGUCUAAUGUAUGUCUAAUGUAUGUUUAA